AUGAGUUUAAAAACUUACAGCGAUAGCGAAUUUGACGUAAAAAUAAUCGUUGGAAAUGGACAAAAUACUAAAGAAUUUAAAGCACAUUCUACUAUAUUAAGUUCACGUUCUCUUUAUUUUCAAAGAGCUUUAUCCGAGCGAUGGAAUAACAAGGAACAAGAUUUUUAUGUUUUUAAAAAUCCAAAUAUUUAUCCAUAUACUUUUAAGAUUAUUCUUGAUUACAUUUAUAAAGAAAAAACCAAAUUACGAGCAUCUGCGGAAACUUGUAUAAAUUUAAUGGCUGCAUCUGACGAACUUGAACUUCUUGAUCUUGCGGAAUGUGCACAAGAACAUUUAAUUAAAAAUCAUUCUUCUUGGUUAUUUUCUAAUCUUAUAACAUCACUUAAUUUUGCUUGUCAACAUGAUCAUUUCUAUAAAUUACAUGAUCUUGAUAUUGAAGAUAUUAAAAGUUGGUCUGAUAAUCAAUUUGAAGCAUUCAAAGAAACAAUUUCUCAAUGCAUUCCCUUAAUUCGUUAUUUUCAUAUUCCUAAAAGUUAUAUUGACAAACAAAUUAAACAAUAUCGUUUAGAUCAUAAGACACCUUAUUCUAGUAAAACUUCAAAUAGUUUUAUUUUUUCAUUUACAAAUCCAUCAAAUCCAAUAUUAAGUGGAGUUACAAAUAGAACUAAUAAUGCUAUCUGGAGCGAUAAAUACCAUGGACCUGGCUUUGAAACCUUAGAUUUACAUAUGAAUUUAAAUUAUUGGAGAUAUAACCAUACGAACUAUUUUUAUGGAAAAACUAAUACGGUUCAGCCUACUGUUGAUGAAUAUGAAGUUUUUGCAGUUGAUAAUUUUAAUCAAAGAACAAGUAAUUUUUUGAUUGUUUUAUUACUGAAAAUUUGGAAAGUUGCUCUUGGUAUAGUUGUAAAUGAAGCUACUCCUUUAUUAUUUGUUUGA